AGUGCGCCUUGUUUAUAAUUAGUUUUGAAUAUUAUUUUUUCAUUAAUUUUCUGAAUCUUUGCAAUUCUUCGACGAUUUAACAUAAAAUGCUGUUCUUCUCAUUCUUCAAAUCACUCGUAGGAAAGGACGUUGUCGUGGAGCUCAAAAAUGAUUUGAGUAUCUGCGGAACUCUGCACUCGGUCGAUCAGUAUCUCAACAUGAAGUUGACCGAUAUCACCGUCUCCGAUCCAGAACGAUUUCCACAUAUGGUCUCUGUCAAAAACUGCUUCAUCCGCGGAUCCGUCGUCAGGUACGUGCAACUCCCAUCCGAUCAAGUCGACACACAACUCUUGGCUGACUCCUGCCGGAAGGAGCUUCUCGAUUCAAAGGCAAAACAGUAAAUCCACGUGUUCAUUCCUCAAAGUUCAUCUCAUUUUUUGUCAAGUUUGAUAUCAUCUCAUUUAAAAAAAUAUUUAUUUUUAUAAAAAAUUCGUAAC